UUUGUGGGCUAAACCAUUGUUCACUGGAGGGAAGCUGUGUGUUUACAACUGGAUGUUGAAGCUUAACAGUCAAAAGUUGGAAGAUUGAUGAUGAGAAAUUCACAUAUUUUAGCAUUUAUGCUGGAUAAAGUGGGGAGGCGAGCAGGCUGUAAAACCUGAUUAAAGUUGGUAUCUGCCACACAAACAAGAUCAGACAUGGUGUUUUCCCGCCACUUGCACCUCCUCUCACAUCCUCUUUUAAAUUUCAAAGACGGUUCACGUGGCUGAAGAGAAGGACAAAAUGGCGUUGAGGACGUUAGAGGCGAAGUGGAAAGCAGCCCUGGUCUCCAUCCUGGAGGAGCUCACCGAGCAAGAAUUCAAAAAGUUGCUGUUCAAACUGAACACAAUCCCUCAAGGUGUGAAGUUUGGCAAGACCAGACAAGAUAUCCCUCAUAUAAUCGUCCAGUACUAUGGGACAGAGAAGUCCAUCUCUGUCAUAGAUAAAGAAAUGAAGCUGAUACCGAGGAACGACGCUGCAGUCCAGCAGCUGCUGCUCCCCUUUGUGGAGAAACUGAAGGCACAGCAGCAGAAAAUCAAAGAAGAAAAGAGCAAAGUUACAACUGACAAGAAGCCCAAACCUGCGGCUGAGAAGAGGAGCAAAGUUGCGGCUGAAUCAGGACUAGUGGCUAAGAAGCCAAAACCUGCAGCUGAGAAGAAGAGCAAAGUUGCAGCUGGAUCUGGACCAGUGGCCAAGAAGCCCAAACCUGCAGCUGAGAAGAAGAGCAAAGUUGCAGCUGGAUCUGGACCAGUGGCCAAGAAGCCCAAACCUGCAGCUGAGAAGAAGAGCAAAGUUGCAGCUGGAUCUGGACCAGUGGCCAAGAAGCCCAAACCUGCAGCUGAGAAGAAGAGCAAAGUUGCAGCUGGAUCUGGACCAGUGGCCAAGAAGCCCAAAUCUGCAGCUGGGACGACGAGCAAAUUUGCAGCUGACUCAGGAGCUGUGGCCAAGAAGCCCAAACCUGCAGCUGUGUUGUUUGUUUCUUCUCUUAAAGAUCAACUGAAGAGCUGCCGACCUGACGAGAUGCUUCCUUUCGGAGCUGUGAAGCCUCAACAGACAGUGACGCAGGAAUCAUCCAUGCAACCAACUGGAUCCAUGGAAACUAAGAUGCUUCCUUUCGGAGCUGUGAAGCCUCAACAGACAGUGACGCAGGAAUCAUCCAUGCAACCAACUGGAUCCAUGGAAACUAAGAUGCUUCCUUUCGGAGCUGUGAAGCCUCAACAGACAGUGACGCAGGAAUCAUCCAUGCAACCAACUGGAUCCAUGGAAACUAAGAUGCUUCCUUUCGGAGCUGUGAAGCCUCAACAGACAGUGACGCAGGAAUCAUCCAUGCAACCAACUGGAUCCAUGGAAACUAAGAUGGCGUUGAGGAUGUUAGAGGCGAAGUGGACAGCAGCCCUGGUCUCCAUCCUGGAGGAGCUCACCGAGCCCCAGUUCAGUAAGUUGCUGUUCAAACUGGACUCAAUCCCUCAAGGUUUGAAGUCUGGUAGGACCAGACAAGAUAUCCCUCAUAUAAUCGUCCAGUACUAUGGGACAGAGGAGUCCAUCUCUGUCAUAGAUAAAGAAAUGAAGCAGAUACCGAGGAACGACGCUGCAGUCCAGCAGCUGUUGCUCCCCUUUGUGGAGAACCUGAAGAAAAAACAGCAGAAAAUCAAAGAAAAAAAGAGCAAAGUUACAACUGAGUCAGGCCCAGUGGCCAAGAAGACCAAACCUGCAGCUGAUCAACUGAAGAGCUGCCGACCUGACGAGAUGCUUCCUUUCGGAGCUGUGAAGCCUCAACAGACAGUGACACAGGAAUCAUCCAUGCAACCAACUGGAUCCAUGGAAACCAAGAUGCUUCCUGUCGGAGCUGUGAAGCCUCAACAGACAGUGACGCAGGAAUCAUCCAUGCAACCAACUGGAUCCAUGGAAACCAAGAUGCUUCCUUUCGGAGCUGUGAAGCCUCAACAGACAAUGACACAGGAAUCAUUCAUGCAACCAACUGGAUCCAUGGAAACCAAGAUGCUUCCUUUCGGAGCUGUGAAGCCUCAACAGACAGUGACGCAGGAAUCAUCCAUGCAACCAACUGGAUCCAUGGAAACCAAGAUGCUUCCUUUCGGAGCUGUGAAGCCUCAACAGACAAUGACACAGGAAUCAUUCAUGCAACCAACUGGAUCCAUGGAAACCAAGAUGGUUCCUGUCGGAGCUGUGAAGCCUCAACAGACAGUGACGCAGGAAUCAUUCAUGCAAGCAACUGGAUCCAUGGAAACUAAGGUUCAGAGUGCUGCUGUCCAGACUGGGAGGAUUACAAUAAUCAGGAUCAAAAGAUCCAAUAAAUUCUACACUCACCUGGUGGUAGAGUUCAACGACCGGCUGCAGACUGUUUUUGUGACAACUCGACUUCUGGCAAACGCAUUUGGCUACAUAGCGAAUGAUGAUUUUAUGGAGAGAUUCUCUUAUGAAAUACCGCUCACAGCAGAAGCAAAAAUACAAGGAAAUAAAAUUAUAGAGAUCAAAAACAGGUAAAAAUGUUCUACAGAUAUUUGUAGAUCAGGGUGAUGUUGGUUUGCUUGUGCUUCAACUGAGUUGGUAAUUACAGAAGAGUUGCAGAUAUAUUUCCACCAAGCUGUCCAGUUCAGUUUGUUACACAUUAGAACGUUACUUUUGUGUUUGCAUUAGCAAAAUGUUGGGACCCGCCAUCAAGAUGGUGGCAAGUGACCACAUGAACUCAAACUUGUUUGUAGGCCAUGCAAACAUCUUGAGACAAGUAGCCAGCCAUCUUAGAUUGAUAUUGUGUUUUAAACCUUUAUUAUCUUGUAAAUAAAUGUUUGUGGAUUAUA